AUGGAACGCGGUCAUCGUUCGAAGCGGAAACCUUCGAAGGAGUCCAGCGUGAAAUCGAAAGCUGUGCCAACCUUAGGUAGCCGCGACGAGAUCGUACCAGACAACCAAGAACAAUAUCUCUUCCUGUUGGAAUUCUUCGUCCAACACAUGACCAGCGAACGUUUAGCCAAGCUCAAUCAGAUGUUCUUCGUUCCAACCACUAUCUCCGUGGAGUUCCUCAACUUCACAGGAGAAGACAACAUCCAAAUAACCCCCGUAGAUCCGUUGUUUCAGCCACAAGCUGGUGUUGCAGGAGACGUGGAGUACUUCUACUCCGGUCGUUCCGUGAUGUUCGCCAUAGAUCAGUACACGGUGAUCAACAAGCUCUUCGACCUUAUAAUCAAACUCUGCGUAGAGAAAAAAAUGCCGGAAGGAGUGAAGCCGGACGUGCUAAUAGGCAACGCUGAAGUAGAUCUCUCUAUGCACUUUGCAGCUCUGAGAAAAGAGAUGUUACAAUGUUGGCAUAAGUUAGCACCGCCGCCUAGGGUGUUCGAAGGGGAAGUACCGCUGGUUUACAACGACCAGGUGGUAGGCGCCAUUUCUAUGUUCGCCAGGAUCUCCGCGUUUGGACAGACAAUUGUGACGGAGUUCGAGGUUCCUCCAGAUCGGAACAUCUCGUCUUACAUCUUCAGAGGAGCCGAGUCUAACGCCAAAUCUCUCACGUACAAAUGUCGAAUCGUCGAUUCGGACGUGGGUAACGUGUGUAUCGAAUCGAAGGACGAUUUACUCAAGUCUGGCCCUCCUUGCCGCGUGUGCAUCAAGGAACACCAUCCUUGUACACCGUGUGGAAAGCCUGGUGCCACGCUGAAACCCACCGUGAGCGGCAGACAGACGUCGCCGGUGACGACGUCAAGAUCGAAACCGGAUACGUGCGCUGAUGUGCACAAACAGGCCGGUCUGAUCCAGUCGAGCCGCGGACCAGCUCAACCGUGCGGAAAGGCGGUGGUUCUGAAGGUGUCCGGGAUCCUGGACACCGGCCAGGACAAGAAACCUACGGUCACCGUGGCGCCUGAGUCGGAGGCGACGCCUGCGGACGCCACGGACCCGGAACACGACGUGUUCGUGCUGAGAAUUGGGAAGAAAGGCAUCGUCGGGGCUGGAGAGAAGUCGGAUAUACAGUUGGAGAUGAGAACGCCAAAAGGACCCGAGAGAGGACCACCGAUCAGGUGCGAGACCAGGGAGAUGCAAACGGAGGAUAAAGGGAGGAAGGAUAGGAAGAAGAAGAAGAAGAAGAAGUGA